AUGACUGGAAAAAUCCUCGUCACCAAAUCUGGCAAGCGAAAGCAGUACCGCUCUCCCGAAGCUAUUCUCCGUCGAAAUGACCAAGAACGAGCCCGACAAAAGGAAAUGAACGAGGCCUUCGACGCUCUUCGCAAAGUAAUUCCAAACGGCGAAUGGAAAGGCAAGAAGAAGUCCAAGUGCGACACUCUCCAGGGAGCAAUCGAGCACAUCGAAAAUCUACUCGAACUUCUUGCUUCUCCAGAAGUCCCAUCUUCUUACGACCAAAUCUACCCAAACUCUUACUCCUCUCCAACAUCUUCUCUCGACCAGAGCGGCUACUCUUAUGGAUCAUCAGGCUACUACUCGCCCAACGGAUCAUUUCAGGAUCAAAACUGCUUUCAACAGAUUCCGCAAUCAACGAGCCCAGAAUGCCAGUCCUUUUCUCAAUUCUACCCAGAUCUUUCGUCCUUCCCAUUCACUGGAAUCCCGUUUCUUCCCACUGAAGAAGACAAUCCUCUACCACCACUUGCAUCUUCAUCCUCUGCUCGAUACUGUCCUUAUUGA